AUGAGAAGGACUUUUUCCCAGUUAACAACCCGACUAUUAAAGUCUAAAGAGGAUGAAUUGAAAUCAACUCUAAAGUAUUUGACCAAAGGUUCCAUGAAAUCGUUGGGGUCUUUGUUUGGGUCUUCUGAACCUACUGGACAAGGAUCUUUAUUGAACCGUUCAAGCACAAAAGAAAAUAGUCUUCAAAACCACCAUAUAGAGAACAUCUUAAGCAUACUGAAUUCAAAUCUACCGGAAGUAGAAUCCAAGAAACAAAAAGUGGCCGUUCAUUACGACCUGCUUUUCUCACACCUGAAUUCAAUAGUCACGCAGGCAACGGAUAACAAAUAUACUUCCUCGAAGGAAUUACAAGCUGCAUCAUCCGAGGAUUUAUAUGACAGGCUACUGCUUCUGCAGUAUAUGGGUAAGUUAAAUAAUGUGCGUCAAAUAACGGAAAUCCUGCUUUCGAAAAAGUUCGAUAAAUUCGAUAAGGUAUGGGAGCAUAAGGCGUUGUUUGAUAAAUAUCAAAGAGUGGUGAUAUCUAUCCUGUUGUAUUAUAGAACGCAUAAUGCUCAAAUAAGGAAAGACUACGAGGUUCGUUGGCUCUCCGAAUAUAGUGAUCUACCGUUUCCACUGCGACGUCUUUUGUGGAGAUGUCUAACCUUUAACGUAUCUGAAGAGAAUAUUCAACAAAAAAUACUUCAUUACAUUAAGAUUUUAGGUUCAAAUUGGAGGAAUAACGAUUUGGUUUUGAUUUAUCAAUCUUUAUAUGAAAAAUCUCAUCUACUACCUGAUUUAGCUGCCCUGGACAGCAAUAAAAAUGAAACUCCCCCUUUCACUCAAAACCAGAUCCUGCUUGUUCGUAUUUUAAGAGCUAUCUCGAAACGUGUUGAAGAACAACCAAAGUUGGUCAAAAAUUGGCUGAUCGAUAUAGUAAAAUUGAGUAUACAAAGCAAACUAAUGCUGGAGUCACCGAAGAAACCGUCCACACCAAUAAUGGAUCAAUACAAAUUCAUUAGGUCCUUAGACAUUUCCACUCAAAGUAUUCAUCGGAUGUGCCAAAAUAGGCUGAUCUUCGAAGAUUUACAAAUCGAUCUUGAAAGUAUAUUGAAGACGAUUAAUGAUGAAGAACUCGAGUUAAAGACACACUUACCAUUGAACCUAAUAUAA